CUUCAACUGACCAACGAUGGCAGUACACGACGCGGACACCGUCGUCACCAUCACGCCCAUGAGCGGCACGCCUGCCACCAACGAGAUCCGCGAGACGAGCUUCCUCGGGCGCGCCACGGACGACAAGGACUCGGACGACUUUGUCGAAUCCAUGCAGCGCCAGCGUCGCAACCGCGUGCUUGCUAUCUUCGCCGCUGCGCUGCUUGUCGUCGGCGUUGCUAUUGGUGUCAUUGUUGCCAUGUCCAACGGCUCGUCCGAGGCCAGUCAACGCUCGGCGCUCACGACGCCGGCGCCGACGGCCGUCGCACCCAACGCGUCCGAGGUCAUGGUCCGCGGCGGAGGCAGCGACAACACGUUGCCGCCGUCGAUCACACCGAUCCCGACGACGACCGACAACGCAACCGCGAUUGUGACUGAGCCGCCGACCACGACGACGCCCUCGCUCUCCAACACGACGGCCUCGCUCGAGUCGGAAACUGUGGCGCCGACACCCAGCCCUACCCCUGUGCCGACGCCUGACCCGACGCCUGCUCCCACACCUGCUCCAACGCCUGCCCCUACACCUGCCCCUACACAAGCCCCGACGCCAGCGCCCGUUGCAGCCAGCGUUUACCGCAUCCAGAAUGGCUGCAACCAGCCGCUGGACCUGUGGUGGCGCACGCAGCCGUACAAGGACCACAACACGCAGAUCGCCGGCGGCAGCUUCAAGGAUUUUGGCAUCAACGACUUCGUCGGAAACGUCAUGUUUAAGAGCGGUCCAGGCCAAGACGCGACGCUCUUCGAGAGCUUUUUGGAUCCAGCAACGGGCAAGGUCAACUACGACAUCUCGGCGAUCCCGAACGACUGCGGGCCGUACUGGGACCAUUGCAUCGGCAAGAACAAGGGCUUCAACGUUGGCAUGACGGUCGAGGUCGUCAACCCAACCGGCGGCAGCAACUGCAAGAACCUCUACUGCAAGCAAUUUGGCUGCGCCGAUGCCUACCGCGUCCCUGACGACAAGCAGACAUGCAGAAAUCUCGACGCCAUCGCUGCGAUCCAAAGUGUCUUUAUAAAUUGA